CUAAACAGUAGAGAAGGAGAGAGAGAGAGAGAGAUGGUCUCAAGGGAGCAGAAGAAAGCUGCUCUGCAUGGGAAGCUGCAGCUCCUUCGUUCUGUUACUAAUUCCCAUGCGCUUAGCAGAACUUCUAUCAUAGCAGAUGCAUCAAAAUAUAUUCAAGAGUUGAAGGAAAAGGUUGGUGCAGUUGCACGGGAUUUGGCACAAGCUAACUCCUUGCCUGCGGUUACAGUUGAAACAAUGGAAAAGGGUUUCCUUAUCAAUGUAUUCUUAGAGAGGAGCUCCCCGGGUUUGCUUGUCUCUAUUCUGGAGGCCUUUGAGGAUCUGGGCCUUGAUGUGCUCGAUGCUGAUGUUUCUUGCACCAAUACAUUUCGCCUGGAAGCAGUUGGAGGAGAACAUCAAACUGAGAGCAUGGAUGCUCAGGUGGUGAGGCAAGCAGUGCUGCAAGCCAUCGAGAAAUGCAGAGAAAGUGAAGAGAAGUAAUGACAUUAGAAGACUUCUGACCUUCUGUCACAAGCGCAAGCUUGCUUUUGGUUAGUUGUGGAUUUGGAAGAUUACUUUAAUGAAGAUAGUUGCUUCUCUCUUUGGUUAAAUGGGUAUAAGGAUAUGGAUAAGUGACAAAUUACAUAAAUAAAAUCUUAAAAUUCGAAUAGUUU